AUGAAGUUCCUCGCCAUCUCCACCCUUGUUGCCGCAGUCUCUGCUCUCCCCUCCGUCCCUGCCCCCAAGGCUCAGAAUGACCCCAAUGCCUUCGGCGUCGUCGCCACUCGUUCAGGCUCUCCCAUCCACUUCCUCACCCUGAACGCCGCCAGCUCCCACUUCUACCUCGGCGGCAAGGCCUCCACCUACUGCCCUGAGCCCGUCGAGAAGCUGGGCGCCUGCCCCCCGGGCAAGGAGACUGCUCUCCUGGGCGACAAGUACCUUGACGUCGCUGUCCCCGGCGGCCAGAGCAUCUACGUCGACCCCAAGGGCGCUCUCUCUUUCACCGCCCCUCACUCCGGCUACUUUCCCCCGGGCUCCUCGACUGAGGGCUUCGCCUACAAGCCCGGCAAGAACGGCACCCUAGGCAGCUGGACCUACAAGAACGGCUUCAUGGCCUGCCCUACGACCAACAGCACCAUCGUGCCCGGUAACCCCAAGUGGCAGGUCUUCGCUGCCUCCAACAACGCCACCGUCCCCACCGGCAACGUCCGGGACUGCCUCGGAUUCUCGGCCGUUGCUGCGCCUUACAAGGGACCCGCCGCUGCCUGGGAGUACAUCUAA